CUCUUUGUUCUCGGUUCUAUAAACCUACAGAGACUGAAUCAGUUUCAUCUCGGACCUUUUUCUGAACAUAAGUCUAAAUAUACGCAGCGCGUCUGGUGAUGCUGCUGCUGAUAUUUCGGUGUUGUUCCCCUUUGCACUUUCUCAGUCGUGCAGUUUCCAUGUUGCUAAUGUUGUGAAAGAGGAAGUGAGAGGAGCAGCUGAAAGCAGCAGCCAGAGCACGAUGAGAAGGGAAGUGUGAGCAGCAGCGAGUCGCAAACAACAAGUCUGAUUCUCCGCUCAGGUCUGAUCAGAGGUUCUUCACCAUGGCUCAAGGCUGCCUCAAGUGUUUGAAGUACACUAUGUGUGCCGCCAACCUCCUAUGUUUCAUGUGCGGCGUGGCAGUGCUGGGCUUUGGUGUGUACAUGACCAUCAACUUCAAGCUGGCUGCUCUCACUCCUUCCUUGGCUAAAUUCAGCGUGUCCAACGUGCUGCUGAUCACUGGCAUCAUCAUCACCUGCGUGUCCUUCUUGGGCUUCCUGGGAGCUCUGAAGGAGAACCGCUGUCUCCUCCUGACGUUCUUCCUGCUGCUUUUCUUCCUGAUGUUGGUGGAACUGACUCUGGCCUGUUUACUGCUCAUGUACGAGCAAGAGAUUGGUAAGUGGGUAACAGAGGAUCUGCAAAGAGGAUUAGAAAAUGGAAAGCUUGAAAACUCAACCGAACUAAUGAACGAUUGGAAGAUUCUUCAGGAGUGGCUGCAGUGCUGUGGAGUUAAUAAUAAGACAGACUGGAAAACGAUUCCACAGUCCUGUUGUAGGAACAAGUGUAACACCCCAGAAGCCAGUUACUGGGAAAAGGGCUGCUUGGAGAAGAUGAAGAACUUCUUUGAAGAAAAUUUCCUGAUCACUGGGAUUUCUGUCAUCGUCCUCUGCAUUAUUGAGGUUUUGGGAAUGUGCUUCGCCAUGACGCUCCUCUGCCACAUCAGCCGAUCGGAGAUCCGCUACAAACUAUAGAUUAUGAUUGCUUUCCUCCAUUGUACAGUUCUGUCAUUUUAGUAAAUCAUCUAUGUAUAUGCAAAAGACUAAACACACACCUUUUAUGUGAUUCCAAUUUCUAAGCUAAUAUUAACUGAACUGUAACAUGACAUCUUUGUCGUAGUCCCUGCAUCAGAAUAAACAGAAUUUUCUCCCAUACAUCACAAUGUAAUAAACGUAUUAACUCUUCUCUGACAACCGUUGACGAUCUUAUACCAAUAAAGUCUUGUUCACAAGG